AGGUGAAGAGCAACCAGUUACGUUUACCAACAUAAACCUAAAAUUUUAACGUCAGAAAACAGUUCGAGUAAAAUUAAGAAAAUAAUACCAAUAAAAGCGGAUUGAAUAUGGGUCAUAGACAUGGAAAACAUACAUUUACUGAAAGAGAUGUACAAGUUUUAGUUAAAUCAAGUGGUAAAACUGAAAAUGAAAUUCGCCAAUGGUAUGAAGAAUUUCGUAAAGAAAGUGAUGGUGCAGAUCGAAUGAAUAAACGACAAUUUCAAUCGUAUUAUACAAAAUUAAAGCAAAACACAAAAUUAGAAGAAAUUACAGAUCAUAUUUUUCGAGUAUUUGAUACUGAUCAUUCUGGUAAACAAUUU